ACGAAAUAUUGCACAGAAACUCGAAACGGCAGAUGCAUUGUUAUUAUUGACGAGGCACUGAACAUUGAACCUGCGUGAUAUGCGCACAUGAGGGUUCGAGAAUUGCGUACUGGGCUUGAGGACUCGGCCUGGGAAAUACCGGGAGACAACUAUACGCUGCCAUCGCUGCAACGUCCAUCUUGAGGGACGCGCUCCUCGUCGGAGCCUCCGGGUCGCCUUGUAAUGCAAACACAUGCUAUGCAAUUGGUCGACGUCGGCCAAUACUCUCCUGCGUGGUGUUGCCCGCGGCAGUCCAGGACUCACUACACCAUGGCAUGCGUCAAAAGCGAUCUCAACAGCAUCUAUUCUGCGUUCCCUUCGCGUCCGUGAAGUCCCCAAUCCAUUCACAGCGUCUUAUCAGACUUCAGCGUUCCUGUCUACAACAGCUCUCGCGAAAUCCGCCACGAGCACUCCCAGCCCGCAUCACGUCGACCCUCCGCCCAGCGAGGCAUCACAAGCCUCAACAUGGGAUUUAUCUUCGGUUUCGCUGACAGCGGCCCAAAUGUCGCGUGCGACAGCGCAGGCAGUCCGUCUGUGCGCGCGGGACGGAAAGUUCGGAGAUGCAUUAUAUCUCAUCAACUCCGUUCACUCGUCCACUCAUCGGGAACGCCAGCCUCUUCCAGAAAAAGAGAAUCACCUCGCCCCACCUCGCAUGCACCUGGAGCCCAUAAACUUUGGCCAAGCCAUCUCACCUCGUCUAUCUGCGCAUUCUUUCCUCCAUAGUCUAAUCCGCGCCGGCUACAACAAAAAGGCAGCGGCAUAUGCGGAGCUGAUGUUUGAACAGGGAAUACGCAUCCGAACACACACCCUCAGUAGCAUCGUCUCGUCCCUCACUCCAAGUCUCACCAACUCCUUGAACGGCAGCAUGCUGGUCAAUAGUAUCCGCCGCCGGCCGGUCGAGACUAUGGGCGCACCUGAAAGAAGCUUCCUAGUCGCUGACUCUUGUACACAAACAGCGAUUAAGCUGCUUGAACGGGCACGACAGUGGGGACAGCAGCGUACGGAACGCAUGUACGACAAUCUCAUCAGCGGCUGUCUGAUGCAAGGGGAGAUCAUUGUGGCGUCGCUGUUGUUUGUCCUUCUCGUGAAAGAUUGGCAAGCCCGAAAGGCUCCUUCCGAGCAGCCUCUGCAAACAGAGGUUGCUGAAGAGCACCCUGUGUCAUCAUCCCGUCUGCCUAGAUUCCCGCGAUUCGAAACAAUGCCUCCGUACCCUCAUCCCACCCUCAUGAUAUCAAUUCUUCACCACAUCAGCGAGUCAUUCUCCUCGAAGACGCGAGAAAACGAUGGCCGGGAUGAUUAUCUGCAGUCAUUGCAGUCGCUGGCUGAUCUGGCAAUGCUCUUGGACUCCGGGCAAUUAGGAGACGGAAGAGCCAUGCUGUUUCGCUUAAUGUACUCCUGUCCAAAGACCAAGGAGAAGGUUUGGGUGCAACAAUCGGGCAAAGCUCGCGUGCAGGUUGAGGCAUACAGAUAUUUCCAUGACGUUCUUAAGCGGCAAAUUUUCUCGUUAGCCGAUCGUCAUCCGCCAGAUCCGCCUCCUCGUCUAAGGUUAAACGCAUAUAACACCCUGCUCUCCUAUGCCCUCCGUCACCGCUUAUCGCCCGCAAUGGCCUCGAAAAUCUUGGAGCAUAUGUGUGUACACAGAAAGCCGCCUCUCGAGCCCAACAUUACCACAUAUAAUAUCCUGCUUCGCUCUGGUGCCUUGCUGAAGAAGAUGGAUAUGAGUGAUAUGGCGUUGUGUGCUUUGCGGCGCAGCAAGGUGAAUGCUGAUCACGGGAUUAUGGUCGAGCCUCCCGUCAGUGUUACGGAUGACAAGGAGUCGAGAACAGAGAGCGAUAAUAUGCCUAAGAAGGUCGAUAUGGGCGACUGUGAUGGGAACGAGCAUUCAAGGCCAUCACCGUCGCUACCACCACCGUCGCGGAAAGCCCUGCGCCGACUGUAUGCCGAGAAAUUCAAUGUGCCUCGAGCAAUGAAGAAUUCGACGAGAGAAAUCCGCGCAAAUACAUCUACCCUUACCAGCUACAUUGCUCAUCUGACAGCCACAGGAAAGCCUCAAGCUGUCGCUGAUGUCCUUUUCUUCAUCAUGCCAGAGCUGCGCAUCGUGGAUCACCCUGCAUGGGGUGCUCUGACGAGAAAGGAGCGGCGGAUGCUGCUGCGGGAGUCUCGCGAAGCAUCUAUGCAACGAGCGGUCGAACUUGGACCCUACGCCUUCUCUGCUAUACUGAACGCGCUCGAGAAAUCGGGCAAAAUGGGUCUGGCGGAGAGGGUCUGGCUUCUCGCGAAGCAAGCCGAAGCUGCCAGCUGGAUAUCGCAUUCCUCUCUACAUGCGACGGGUUGGUAUCUCCCUGUGCACGCCUACACGUCGAUGCUACGAUGUUACGCGAAUUAUUCUCGUAAGGCGCUAUCGCACAUACGUCAGGAGCGCGAGAUGGCGCACGCUCUGGCCGGUGAUGGCGAUCGCAGCUGGCGGCCUACAGUGGACAACACCAAGGGUUGGGCUGCCUUUGUUGUUGCCACGCAAAAGCUGCUCUCGCGUAACAUUCACGGUCGGAGGCGGAAGGGCUCGAGGGGUUUGCACAUGCUUCCGUAUCGCUACAUGUCAUCUGGCGGCUGGGCUGUGUACAGAUCAUUGAUGGACUUGCACCUGCAGGAUAAGGCGACGGCGAAUCAGGCGAAGCGACCUUCUCCAGAUGAGCUUUUCUUCAACACUGCUCUGGAUCUGUUCGGUCGACACCCGCAAAUGCGACUUCGCCGUUCGCACAGAAAUCGGUCACAUUGGAAACGGCGGCUACGGGUUGCUAUUAUACGAUAUGAAAACAAUAACUGGAAGCCGCCGCUCUGGACGUCGAGGCUUCAAAACCUUGCUCAGGAUAUGAUAGCAACUGGAUACGCCGUCCCUCCCGCAUUCCGUCCCCUAUUUGUUGGUCGCUGGGUCCCGGGCACCCUGGACUUUGGUCCAUCCCCUGCGCAGCGAUCAGGCAGACCGUACGCUUUCCCGCGGCCGCCCAAGCGGUUUUAUUCAUUCACGCUGGCGACUACCAAAGUUCGAGGUUUGCCACUUCGCCGACGCUACCACCGACGCAAAAGAGACGCAUAAGUGUAAAAGCUAUGUGUUAUACUCGUUGUACAUUAG